GAGAAAACAGAGACAGAAAGAGGAAGGAAAAAAAAAACGUGUCUUUCCCCGCUAUAAAAACCGCCCGCCGUUUCAUUCCGUUGUGUUGUUUCGCUCAUCUUCGUCUCCGCCGCCGGCGACGCGUUCGUUCUCCUCGGCGUGAGCCCAAGAACCGGCCGUCUCCACCUGAGCCGAGCCUGAGCUCUCUCGGAGAUGGAGCUGAAUUCUGAGCAGCACGGCUGCGCGCAUUACACGAGGGGAUGCAAGAUCAGGGCGCCCUGCUGCGGCGAGGUGUUCGACUGCAGGCAUUGCCACAACGACGCCAAGAAUUCGCUCGAGAUCGAUCUCAGCGACCGGCACGAGAUUCCCCGCCACGAAAUCAAGAAGGUUAUCUGCUCUCUCUGCAACAAAGAACAGGAUGUACAACAGUACUGCUCUGGCUGUGGGGCAUGCAUGGGAAAGUAUUUCUGUGGAAAAUGCAACUUCUUUGAUGAUGAUGUCUCAAAGAACCAGUAUCACUGUGAUGGAUGCGGCAUAUGCAGAACUGGUGGUGCAGAUAAGUUCUUUCACUGCGACAAAUGCGGUUGUUGCUACAGCAAUGUGCUGAGGGAUUCUCAUCACUGUGUAGAAGGAGCAAUGCAUCACAACUGCCCUGUCUGCUUCGAGUACCUAUUUGACUCGACGAAGGACAUAAGCGUGUUACAUUGUGGGCACACGAUUCAUCUGGAUUGUCUGAACGAGAUGAGAGCGCAUCACCACUUCGCGUGCCCGGUGUGCUCACGGUCCGCCUGCGACAUGUCGGACGCGUGGAAGAAGCUCGACGAGGAGGUCGCGGCGACGCCGAUGCCGGAGUUCUACCAGAAGAAGAUGGUGUGGAUCCUCUGCAACGACUGCGGCGCGACGUCGAGCGUGAGCUACCACGUCCUGGCGCACAAGUGCCCCGGCUGCAGCUCCUACAACACCAGGGAGACGAGAGGCGGCCCUGCAGCCGCGCGCUCCAGGGUUUGAUCCGCAUCAGCAGCAGCAGCAGCAGACCGAGUUAGCAUGCAGCAGCUCACACAGUUCACAGCCAAGGAUGCAAUCGAUAGCUACAAACAAGAAACAAGAUUCUAGCAUGUAGAGACAAGAUGCAUGUAGUCAGAGACGAGUUGUUCCUCCGAAUUUAGCCGGGAGAAAAAUGCGAAGGCUCGCCGUCCGGAGAGCACAAAAAAUAAUAAAAAGAAAAAAAAGAAAAGGAAGAUGAAAUCGAGAGAAGGAAUGUCGUUUGGUGCAGGCUUUGCACCAGGAUGGGAUGGUGAUUUUUGCCUUGCUGCGUGCAGCAAGUUGAAAUAAAGCUUUGUUGAUCGAAAUGGGCCGUGGCCCACAAG